AUGGGCAGUCUCGAUAACUCCAUUCCUCCAUUCCCCGAUGAUGUGCCUAUAGUGCCGAUCGCCCGGAUCUCACACUCCAAGCUGAAAUGCUCAGAUGAAAAUGAGAUGAUCAAAGUCCUCAACGCUUCUCAGUCAAACGGAUUCUGCUAUCUUGAUCUCACCGAUAACUCCGCGGGACAAUCCCUUCUGAAAGACACAGAAGAUGUCCUCGCCAUCUCACAACAAGCACUCAACAUUCCCCUCGACCAAAAGAUGGAAUGCGUCGCAGAGCGGGGCAAGGAAAUGUUCGGCUACAAACCUGCUGGGGCAGUGAAGCAGACUGAUAAAGAUGCACGACCCGAUACAACAGAGUUCUUCAACGUGAGCAAAGAUCACUUACUGGGAAACUCUGAGUCACAAAAUUAUCCUGCAGAGAUCACCGAUCAGUGGACGGAUUUGGCGAGGUUUGCUCAGAAUUGUCACUCUUUGGGACUUAUGUUCCUUCGCAUCUUGGCGCAGCAACUCGACCUACCGUCUGACGAGUUUACGAAAAGGAACAAGAUUUCAUCGGUGUCCGGAGAUCAUAUCAGAAUGACCAGGAUGCCGGGUUGCGACUCUGUAGAUGGUAUGAGAAUUGGUCUUGCCUCCCAUACCGACUUUGGCAGCAUCACCGUAUUGUUUAAUUGGGUUGGCGGCUUACAGAUACAAUCUCACGAUCCUGCCAAACAGGGUGAGUGGGCCUUUGUCAAACCUUUACCUGGACACGAUAUCAUCAAUCUCGGCGAUGCGAUGGUCAAAUUUAGUAAUGGGCGGCUCAAGUCUGGUAAACACCGUGUUGUUCCGUUGCCGGGCGCGCAAGGUAGAGUAGAUCGUUAUAGCCUUGUGUAUUUCGUCAGACCAGCCGAUGAUGUUCUGAUGCAGCCGGUUGAGCAGUACAAAAAUGAACCUGUAGUCACUGUAGGUGGUAAGGUUGGCGAGGACAAGGUGUAUACAGCUGGUGAAUGGUUAGCACACAGAUUGAAACAGAUGUCAAAGUAG